AUGAGCAGCAAUGCCUUCACCACCUCUGGGGUUUCACAACAAUCAGUGACUGCUACGUUGAGUAGUUUUGAGGUCACAGAUUCAAGCACUUUGACUUCUCUCGACAGAAAAGGUGACAUGACAGUGGUGGAAGAGAACAAAUCGCCCGAAGUUUUGAUGGGAAAUGAGAGUGAUGGUUCUACAAUUCCUCCAAAGCCAGAAACUAAAUCAAAAUCUACUGUGGUCUCUGUAGAUGCUUCUGAGGCAUCACAGAUAGCGGAUGUAAAGGGGCUACCUGAAAUUUCGGAGGUCUUCACAAUCUUGCAAACUUCAGAAAACAAAGUCGCGUCUGCUGAAGGCGCAACUGCGGAAAGCAAAGCAAAAUCGUCAGAAGUGGAAAUCGACUUUGAAACCUCUGACAUGCCGUCAGGUGCCUUUGUAGCUCCUGAAGCUGCUUUUAAACCAGUUGAAAUGCUGAUACCCAAGCCAGAAGUGAAGACUUUGACUAAGGAGGAAAGUCGUGGAGGCGAAGUUGAUUCUACAACUGAUUGGACAAUUCAACUGCCAGAACUGGAAACGGUAGGAAAAUCUGCGUCCAAUGGUACAUUGUCUAACUCUUUCACGGCUUCAGAAGCCACUUCCACACCCGUCGACAUGUCGGCAUCGACUUUGGAGGUGCAAGAAAAAACGAGAGACGAAAGUGACAAAAGCUAUGUCACCUCGAAACCUGGUGAGGUCCACAUCGGGCCAAAUUCGAAUACCAAAACACCGCCUCUUGAUGAAUCGUUCUGUUCUUCUACGCCGCUAGAAGCCGCUCUCAAGCCCGUUGACACAUUGACAUUGACUCCAGAAGUAAAGGCCAAAAAGAUGCAAGAAAUUGGUGAAAGCGAAGUCUCCUUCACCACUUCUAUGGCUUCCGAAGCCAUCUUCAAAUCUGUUGAAAAGUCAGUGGUGGAUAGUGAGGAGGAGGUGAUAAGAUAUUUGAUAGUUUUGUGCGCCAACCUGCUUCAUGGCGAAGGAGAUGCGGAAAGAGCGAGAGAGAUUGCAAUCAUCUUGACGCGACUUGUGCAUGUCUGUUAUCAAGAUGUUGGACCUGAAAGGUACCAUGAAUGUACCCCUUGGCUCAAGUAG